AUGUGUGAAAAAGUGAAGAAGAGUCGUAGGCGCCUUCGUCCUCCAAAACAUGAUGAUGAAUGGAAACCAGAUGUCAGAUCAAGUCGGAGAAAAGUAGCAAGAGCAGGAUCACCGGUUGUGUUACCUUUUUCUCCAAAUCACUGCGACCUUCUGAAGUUGUUGGCAGUAGCCAACGUCAUGAGCAACAACACAAAACGCGGAAGGUUACUAGAGAAAAGUCAAAUUUACGGUUUAAAACAAAGAAAAUUGACUGGAUUGCAAAAUUUUGAAGAGGAAAUGAAAAAGCAAGAAAACGAAGUCCUCUCGUCUGACGUGAAGACUGCAGUAACGCAGACAGAAAUGUUAACAAGCAAACCUCAGAAAGAUCUACAGCUGAAAUGGAUGCAGCAGAACAGGAAGUGAUGAGGUGGCAGUAAGUGAUGAUGAGCUCCUUUCUUCCGACCACACUGCUACAAAACGAGUGUCCCAGCUGAAGGAGAAAUCAGGAAAUUGCAGGCAGAGCUGCACAAGACAAGGAGAGAGAAGGAAACUCUUUUGCUGCACAGUUGAAGAUAAGAAGCAAGGAUUUCCAAGUUGUUUGGGCAAGACUAGCUUCAAGCCAAAUCAAGGGGAUCGAUGCGUGUGGUUCAGUGGACAUCGACUACUGUUAAGAAAGCGCUGCAGCUACGUUUUGCUCGUGGUGCUUCUGGCUACAAUCUUCUUUUGAUGAAACUAUCCACUUCCAUCUGUGUGAACUCUACAGCGACGAAUGGAGACGGCGUCAUUCAAUCCUGGUAUUCUAGUCCAGGUACUUGACUACCUAGGCAUGAAAGUAAAGGAAAUGCAUGAUGAGGAACGCGUUUGCUGUCUAUAUAACUUUGGAUGAGAUGUCAAUUACCCCAAAUGUUGAAUAUGAUACAAGUAGUGGGCA